AUGAAAUAUUUCAUUUUAACAGGACAACCCCAUGUUGAACUAAUUGCAGACUUUGAAAUGAAAGAACCAAUAUCAUCAUUUUCAUUCUUCUUUUCAAACGAAUUUUCAAGUCAUCUUGGACCAUUUUCAUGUAUUUUUGAUAAUGACAAAGAAAAAACCGUUGCAUAUGUUUUAGAACAGCUACUUGAAGAAGGAAAUAAAAAAGAAUUUGAGGUAUUAUUGCAUGACUCAGAUAAAGGAAAAAUUGUAUGUAAUUUUGAUAUAGUUGGUGAAUUACAUGGAAUAGGAGUUAAGUCUAGUAUUAAUGAUCCUGAUUUAAUGCAGUUUCGAGGAAUAAUUAUGCCUCAAUUAUAUAAUCAAGCAAAAGAAGUUAAUACAUAUAUUUAUUUAUUAAAAAGAGAUAUUGUUGAUAUUCGUUGUGUUGUUAGUCCAAAAAUUGAUUUAACUCAAGUGCAUUUCCAUUUAAUUAGUCCAAGUUCAAAAACAGAAAUUCCUUUCCAAAUUCAGUAUUUUACAAAUACUACAACAAUAGAAACUGAACAAAUUAUUGAACAUGACUAUAUUAAAUUUACUUCAGACCCUCAUCUAGUCUCAUUGAGAAAAGAGAUAGAUUUCAUCAACAUUUCUAACUUAGGUACAUCUUUACAUGAAUUUAAUCUAAAUGAGGUUCAAGCAAGUCAUAAUACUGUUUAUGAUUUCUUUCUUCAUUUACCCUUAUCAAUUUCAUCUUUUCAUUUUUAUGACUCUUCAGGAAAUAUUUCCACUUCUUCUUAUUUCUGCUCUUCUUACACUUGCACAUAUAAUCUCAUAGGGAGAUAUCCUUUGCUAGGUAAUUGGAAAGAGUCUUUUUCCAUUUCUUAUGAACAGUUAAUUCCUUUUAAUUCAACAUUUGUUUUUCCAAUAAGCCUAGCCUUAGAAUCAAUUUCUGUUCGUAACUAUGAAGUUCAUAUUCACUUUCCUAAUGGUAUGAAAAUAAAAAACGUAAAGUGUGAUGUUUAUAAUCUCUGUGAUCAUUUCAAAUUUACUGUGCCAUUCUUAAAGUAUUGGACUUUUGAUAAUACCAUCUUUCAUUAUAAAAAUCUUGACAUAACUUCAUUUCACCAGAUGAUUUGGUUUGAAUACUCAUUAAUAAAAGAAAGUUAUGGAUAUUGGAUUGUGGCAUGUUUCUUCUUGAUAUCAUUCUUUUUAUUAAUUUUCUUUAUCAUGUUAAUAAAGUUAUUAGAACGAAACGAAUGGAGAGAUUGGAUUUAUGACAAGCUUAUUAACAGAAAAAAAUAA